CGGGGCAUCCUGGGAAUUGUAGUCUCCAGUGACUUAGGCAGGACCCGGAUCCAAGGGAGACCCGCAGCACAACCAACGCGGAUCUGGGUUGGCGGGUGCAGCAGCCGGGCUCGGAGUGGAUGGGAUUGUGAAAGGUGAACAGAUGGAAACAGUGAGAUGAGGCAGAUGUGGAACUGGAUGGAUUGGAGGAGAGGCAGGGAGAAAGGAGGCCAAGAAUACAAGGGAGGAAGCAUCUUGACAAGAAACAAGGUGACAUGAUCUUCCUCCAGUGGGCCUGGUUUGAGGAAAAACUGAGGGCGCUCCUGUGGGCUUCACGCACACCUUGGGGGAGUUCAGUUCUAGUCCGAGGGAGGGGCACGACGCGAAAGUGCCUGGAGAAUGCCCCCUUUGGUGGAGGAGGGCAGUGGCCACUCAUUCAUCUGUUCUGUUUCGGGUGCUAGCCACCAUGGGACCAUCCUCCAAACCGGAAACCUCCUCCAUCUCAGAGAGACCCUGAAAACAGAUGUGAGCAAAUUUUAGGGUCAAAAAGGCAAAACUCCAGGUAGAAGCAGAACCCUCCCAGGUUCUCGAGUCUUUCCAAUAAUACAUUAAGUCAGCCUACUAACGUUUGCACACUCGUGUAGUCACAAUCAUUAAAUAUCCAGUUCCUUCACAGCCGUUAUUAGGGGCACUAACGUCCAAUGCCAGAAGGCGGUCAGUGUUAGCCCUUCAUUUCCCUACUGCCCCACUACAAGGACAGCCAGAAGAAAAAUUAGCUAGAAGCUCGCGGCUUCAUGUUUUCCUCCCUGCACCCCCUACCUCCUGUAGCUCCUGAUAGUGCAGACUUGACCUCGUGAAGCAUCCUUGCUUCCUCUGGCUCAGCAAGAACAGGGCGAAUGUUGAGACCAGCACUCCUCCUAGGGUGAAGGCCUCCGUGCUGAGUUCUAGCACCAGCAACCCUGUCAGCUGCAGGUAGCAGGGUGAGGAUGCUUUGGGGGGCACAGCCCGUUUUCUUCCGCCAUUUCUCCUCCCCUGUACCUUUCUCUUUAUUCACCUGUUCCUGGAUGGAGCCAGUAGGGGCAGGCCCCAAGGCUGUCUUCGUCACUUCUGUCACCACCACGAUGAAGCCCAAGAUGAGGUUGAAGGUGUUUGAUAUCAUCAUGGCCCGCACCUACCAGUGAGCCAACUCAGCCCUGCCCAGCCUAGGGGACUCAUUCCGAGAUUAAACUCCACCUAUACCCUAGCUGAAAACCAAACUCAGAGGCAGGACUGGUGGUGGUGGCAUAGGCCUGUAAUCUAGAAGUCUGAGGCAGGAGGAUUCAAAGUUCAAAGCCUCACUGGACUCCAGAGUAUGUUCCAAACCAUUGAGUAAACUUACUGGGGGAAAGCACUGGGCUGUAGCUCAGGGAUAGUGUGUGCUACACUGGGAAGUGGGGGAACAAGCUUGUAUUCUCUUCUCUCACCUUCCAGAAACAGGGCGCUCUGCGAAGCUCAAGGGUGAUGAUCCCAGUGAGGAGACCCUGAGUGGUGAGAAGGGGGACGUGUGAGCUCUUGUCAGACAGGGGUCCCCGGGACCUUCCUCUCACCCCUUGUCUCACCGAGGCUCCAGGCCAGAGCGGCAGUGCUGUGGCCAUGUGGCAGGCAGAGCUGAGGCAGGCCAGUGAGAUGGUGAAGGGCACCGUGGCUGUGGCCAGCCAGAGUUGGCUCACCUGGAGGCCAGAGUUGGGGAGUUAGAGGGGACGGGCUGAUUUCUUUCCCCACAAUGUUUUCAACUUUAGAUACCAGUAGUUGGGAUAAAUGCACGCUAGAGGAAAGUUUUUAAAAAGGCAGUUAAAGAAGUGAAAUUUAAAAAUUAGGCACUAUUUUUUCCUUCUGCCUCAUUUUAUAGUUUACUUACCUUUGUGUAAGUACGGCAAGCUACUUGGAAUGGUUUUACCUUGUUAAUUUCUACAUCCCCUCCCGGCCCCAGCCUAGCACAGUUUCUGGCGCAGGGUGUGUAUCCACUGAAUAUGGAUGGAAUUGAACUGGCCAAAACCUGAAUCAGGGCAACCUGGCCUCACCGCCACCACCAGCAGGUGUCCACUUUGCCUGUGCCUUGCCCAGUGCUGCAGCUUUUCCAGACGAAGACUGGGCCUCUCCUGCUUCGCCAGAUCGGCACCAAGAUCCAUGGUUCCCUUGCCACUAAGGAUGGUGCUUCCUGGACUGGAAAAACUCAUUAUGGGGCCAUUCAGGAAAUACAACCUCGCUCUUAUUUACCCCUCUGCCAACUCCCAAUUCAGAGUUGAGGCCCAGAACGUUACACCUACCUAGUCUGAAGCAGCCACUCCAGAGGGUUGGGACUCAGCUGGUAGCUCAGUGCAGACAAAAUUUCCUGGCACGUAGUCUGUCAGAGCUGAGGUGUGGCGGGGCAAAGAUCACUAUGAGGGCCUAAGGAUCCAAGGAGUGGCCAUGUAGACGUCACCCUCAGUUCACCUCUCAAGCCACCAAGGCCUGCCUCACUCUCCCCACUUCCUGUUGUCCUAGUUUCCCCCCAUCUUCAUCUUACUUCAUCCCUAUGUACGGAAUCACCCUAAACCUCAGUGUCCCCUUAUUUCCAUCUUCUCUUUAUUCUUUGGCUCAGUCCUCAAAUUACCUGCUCUGCCCUAGUGAGAUUAUGUGUUACUAUCUGGAUUGCUCCUCCUGGACCAGUUUGCAUUCCCCUGGCUUUUCUGGAAGGUGUCUCCUUCCUCCUUACCGCUUUUUCGAAGGUGGCUCUGGGGAUCCCAGGGCUUUGUCAAUGCUAGGCAAGCACUCUACCACCGAGCUCAAUCCAGCCCUUGCUCCUUUCUUUCAGGAGAGCUUUUUAAAAAAUUGGACAUUGAUUGAUUGAUUGAUUAAAUGGAGGACAAGCCCUGUACAUAGUGCAGAUUGUUCUGACUCAGUGAACAAUACCUUGGUGCCCAAAUGUUCAGUCUUGAAAGGAUACUGUACCAAUGUUUUUGAAAAGGAUACUGUACCGAUGUUUUUGAGAGAAAGAUUCCUGUAGCCUGGGCUAGAAUCUUGGUUCUGACACUUUUCCAGGUUGGUGACCUUGGCUACAUCAUUGUGACAUUAUUUUACCUAUUUGAACUCCAGUUUAUUCCCUGACAAGGCAGAAUUAACAACAGUAUGCCCCUUAAGGGGAGCUGAUGCCAGGGUGGGUAAAGACACCAUUACUGGUGCUGAGAAGGUCAAACAGAUGGGCCCACCGUCCAUAUUCUGUAGGGCUUACUCAGAAGCGAAGGAGGACAUGUAUUUCCACAGUAAGAGAACCAGAUGGCCUGCGGGUAAACUUUACAAAUCAAAUAUAGGAAAGAGCCUGUGGUCUCGAGAUGAGACUACCUGUGCUGUGUCCCUGAUCUUUCUGGCUGACCUCAGUCAAGUUGCCUAAUCUACUUCCUUAUCUGUAAAGAGAAAUUAAUAAUACCAACCUCAUGGGGUUGCCUGGAGCACUAAGAGAAAAUGCGUAUGAAUUAGUUAGCCCAGCACAAACCACUUAAAGAGGUGGCUAUUAUUUAUAAUCACCAAAAUAAAAGAAACGGAGCCAGAAGAUCCCUGGGAGUUGAGGCACAGGAGGAAGGGAAGAAGAGUGGCUUUCUUCUGCCCUACUCACUGGGGCGCUGUAUCCACACUGCCUUCCUGGGCACCCGGAAUCGCAGCUUAAAGGGAACCAGACAUCUGUUUGUGCCUGGUUCCUCUCUUUUCAAUCAUCAAGAGAGCUGACUUUAUUUAAUGGCAAGGUUGAGACGUAGGCCUUGAGGUGAGGAUCCCUGAAUUUGCAGGCCAGUGGAAGGAGAGACCUUGAGCAUCUUUUUCUUACCUGUAAAUGGGAGCUUUUAUUAGAGGAUUACUGGAAAGAUCUCAUGCUGCUAAAUACGUGAACAAGCAUCGUGUAAAUAUUGACUAAAUCUGAGUAUGCCACUUAGGAGUGUACAGCCACUGUUUGGGCUAUAAUCGCGUCGGGAGAAAGUAUCACAUCCCCCCCUUCUCUGCAUCUCCCCCCAGGGUUGAGCACAGCGCCGGUGCUUGGUAAGCACUCAGUAAAUAUUGUUGCAUUGAAGAGCCAUUAUAGUCUUAAAGAACGGAAAACAGAAUUCGCGAAGCGGCAGCGAGAAGUGUUUAUCCAGAACGGCAAAGACGGAAGAGUAACUUUAAUAAUGUUUCUUGUACGGCAGACAUUAACUAUCUCUAUAAUCGCCCCUCCUCCUCUCCCAAAAGAGAGACAAAUUGUAAGGGAGAGGCUUUGAGAUAAAACCCCAGGAAGAACUUCCCGAGCCUGUGCAUGUUGGGGCAGAAGCAGCGACAGAGCCAACUCCUUCCCUGGGCUCACGUCCCCGCAUCUUGGUCGGCCACCUAGAGCCUUCCCCACCAGCUUUCGACGGCGAACUGGAUCUGCAGCACUACUCCAACGGACCAGGUGUGAGCGCCGGGUCUCCUGGGAUGGGAGCAGUGGGCUGGUCUGAGACUCGUGCAGGUGAACGGCGAUUCCCCUGUCCUGUGUGCGGAAAGCGCUUCCGAUUCAAUUCCAUCCUGGCUUUGCACCUGAGAGCACACCCGGGCGCCCAGGCCUUCCAGUGCCCACACUGUGGCCACCGAGCAGCUCAGCGGGCACUGCUGCGCUCACAUCUUCGAACGCACCAGCCCGAGCGCCCACGAAGCCCUUCUGCACGGCUGUUGCUGGAGUUGGAGGAACGCGCCCUGCUCCGUGAAGCCCAACUGGGGAGAGCCAGAAGCUCAGGGGGCAUGCAGGCCACCCCUGCUGCAGAGGGCCUGGCUCGCCCUCAGGUUCCUUCCUCGUCUGCCUUCCGUUGCCCUUUCUGCAAAGGCAAGUUUCGCACCUCCGCGGAGCGGGAACGCCACCUGCAUAUCCUGCACAGGCCCUGGAAAUGCAGCUUGUGCAGUUUUGGUUCCAGCCAGGAGGAGGAGUUGCUGCAUCACAGUCUGACGGCCCAUGGGGCUCCCGAGCGCCCCCUGGCGGCUACUUCUACACCCGAAUCCCAGCCUCCAUCCCAGCCAGAACCCAGAUCUGCCCUUGAGCCUGAGCCUGAGCCUGAACCUAGGCCAGAGCCUGAACGGGAGGCAAACCCUGCCCCGACUCCUGCACCUCCGGAGGAACCCCCGGCGCCACCUGAGUUCCGUUGCCAGGUGUGCGGCCAGAGCUUCACACAGUCCUGGUUUCUCAAGGGUCACAUGCGCAAGCACAAGGCCUCCUUUGAUCAUGCAUGCCCUGUGUGUGGCCGCUGCUUCAAGGAGCCCUGGUUCCUUAAGAACCACAUGAAGGUGCACACCAGCAAGCUGGGUCCUUUGCGUGCCCCGGGGCCUGGCUCUACUCCUGCCAGGGCCCCUCAGCCUCCUGACCUGAGCCUGUUGGCUUAUGAGCCACUAGGCCCUGCGCUCCUCCUGGCCCCAGCGCCCACCCCAGCUGAGCGCCGAGAGCCCCCAAGCCUCUUAGGCUACCUGAGUGUGCGAGCUGGGGAAGUACGACCCAAUGGUGAGGGUGCUGACCCUGGAGCUGGCCGAAGCUAUGGGGGAUUCCGCCCGCUGCCUUCAGCUCUUCCCAAUCGGGCUCGGCGGCACCGUACAGACGAACCGGAGGAGGAAGAAGAGGUAGUGGAGGCAGAAGAGGAGAGCUGGGCCCGGAGCAGGUCGCUGGGCACUCUGACUUCCCUGCACCCCCACUCAGGUGAGGGGUCAGGACAGUCUGCACCUGCCGUGGGGGCCCAGGCAAGAUCUACGGCCACCCAAGAAGAAAAUGGGUUGCUGGUUGGAGGGACCCGAUCCGAAGCGGGCCGCGGGGCCACUGGCAAGGACUGCCCCUUCUGUGGAAAGUCUUUCCGCUCAGCACAUCAUUUGAAAGUGCAUCUUCGCGUGCACACAGGUGAGCGUCCCUACAAGUGUCCACACUGCGACUAUGCAGGCACCCAGUCGGGCUCGCUGAAGUAUCACCUUCAGCGUCACCACCGAGAGCAGAGGAGCAGUGCAGGUCCUGGGCCUCCUCCAGAACCCCCGCCCCCUUCCCCGCGGGGCUCAGCUUCACUGCAGCUUCAGUCUGGAGCCAAACCAACUCAGGCCUCUGCCACCUGGGUGGAGGGCGCUGCGAGUACCAGGCCUCUUUCAAGCAGCAUCGGACCAGGGUCCCGAAGAAAGCCUGCCAGCCCUGGGAGGACCCUGCGCAACGGGAGAGGUGGUGAGGCCGAGCCCCUGGACCUGUCCCUGCGGGCAGGCCCAGGAGGUGAGGCCGGGUCAGGGGGUGCCCUUCAUCGCUGCCUCUUCUGCCCCUUUGCCACUGGAGCUCCUGAGCUCAUGACCUUGCACCUGCAAGUACACCACAGCCGUCGAGCCCGGGGCCGCCGGCAGCCCCGAGCUGACACAUCUCCACCCUAUGUCCGAGCACCGUCAGGAGAGACACCUCCCAGCCCUCCACUAGAAGAGGAGGGCAGCCCAGGGCUAUCUAGAUCUGGAGAGGCUGUUCUUGGGGGGCAAGAACGGUAGGGAGCCCUCUUAGGAGUGAUUAGCUUAGUAAGCUUACCCCGCAGGAGCGGGGAAGUGCUAGAGGUAGUUGGGUAGAGCAGCCAGCAGGGAGCAGUGUGGGACCCGUAUCCCAGCCCAAGGUGGACCAAGAGGUAAAGAGGGCAGUGGGUGAAGGAGGGUGGGCAGGCAGUAUCCACCCAGCCCAGGGGAGUCACAGUGCCUUAGAAGUGGCAGAGGUGAGGGUCAGAACGGGGUCCUAGGGCUGGUAGAGGAUGCGCUCCUGCUGAGGAGCCGCCCUGCCAGCCUCUGCUGGUCCAUAGGCACGAGAGUUUAUUUUUGUAUAAGGGGUGGGGGUGGGGGGCACUGUACCCUUCUAGCCCUGUCAGGGGCCCUGUAGACGUUGCUAUUUUUGGUACGAUUCCUGUCAUCCCUGUUGAAGAGUCAUGUCCCUAAUAAACAGGUGUCUUGCGGCACAA